AUGUCAAAGAAGGGUGCCAGCAUCCGAGCUAAGGGAGAAAAGCCUGAUGCCUUAGCUGCCUUGCAAGCUGCCAAUGAAGAGCUCAGGGCAAAACUCACAGACAUUCAAAUAGAGCUCCAACAAGAAAAGAGUAAGGUCAGCAAGUUGGAAAGAGAGAAAAACCAGGAAGUUAAGCAGAUCAAAGAACACGAACAGCAUAAAAGUACAGUAGUGGUAACAGAGCUUAAAGUCAAACUUCAUGAAGAAAAAAUGAAGGAGCUCCAGGCUGUUCGGGAAGCACUUCUGAGACAGCAUGAAGCUGAACUGCUUAGAGUAAUAAAAAUUAAAGAUAAUGAAAUCCAGAGACUACAGUCCCUUCUGAAUGCGGUACGAGAUGGGGCUCCCGACAAAGUUAAAACAGUGCUUCUCACAGAGGCGAAAGAGGAGGCCAAGAAAGGAUUUGAAGUUGAGAAAAUAAAAAUGCAGCAAGAAAUUUCAGAGCUUAAAGGGGCUAAGAAGCAAGUGGAAGAAGCGUUAACUAUGGUAAUCCAAGCUGACAAAAUUAAAGCUGCGGAGAUAAGGAGUGUGUAUCACCUGCAUCAAGAGGAAAUCAGCAGAAUUAAGAGAGAGUGUGAAAGAGAAAUUCGUAGACUGAUGGAGGAGAUUAAAUUUAAAGACAGAGCAGUCUACGUGCUGGAAAGAGAGUUAGGGGCUCAAGCUGGGCAUGCUCAGAGACUUCAGCUCCAAAAGGAGGCUUUAGAUGAACAACUUUCCCAGAUCAAAGAGUCUGACCGGCAUCUGAGCAGCCCCAAGCGGGAACUUCCUUAUGCAAGUGGUGCAGGAGACGCUUCAGAUCAUUCGGGAAGCCCCGAACAGCAGUUGGAUGAAAAAGAUGCCCGGCGUUUCCAACUUAAAAUUGCUGAGCUAAGCGCAAUCAUCAGGAAACUGGAAGAUCGGAACGCGCUGCUGUCGGAAGAAAGGAAUGAGCUUUUAAAACGUCUUAGAGAAGCUGAAAGUCAGUAUAAGCCCCUCUUGGACAAAAAUAAACGUCUCAGUAGGAAGAAUGAAGAUUUGUCACAUGCCGUACGUCGACUGGAAAAUAAAUUAAAAUUUGUAACGCAAGAAAACAUAGCAAUGAGGCAAAGAGCUGGAACAAUAAGGAGACCAAGCUCUUUAAAUGACCUUGACCACAGCCAAGAAGAAAGAGAAGUUGAAUCCCUGAGACUGCAAGUUAUCGAACAGCAAAAUGUCAUUGAUGAACUCUUCAAGACCCUGGAAACUGCUGGCUAUGUGAAGAGUGUCAUAGAACGUGAUAAGCUGUUAAGAUAUAGGAAGCAAAGGAGAAAAAUGACAAGAAUUCCUAAGCCGGUUGCAGAGACGUUUUUUGGCUAUGAUGAAGAAACAUCCUUGGAGUCUGAUGGUUCUUCUAUCUCGUAUCAGACCGACCGAACAGAUCAGACCCCUUGCACGCCUGAGGAUGACUUGGAAGAGGGUAUGGCCAAGGAAGAAACGGAGCUGAGAUUUCGGCAGCUGACGAUGGAAUACCAGGCUUUGCAACGAGCAUACGCCCUAUUGCAAGAACAGGUCGGAGGAACAUUGGAUGCAGAACGAGAAGUUAAGACACGUGAGCAGCUCCAAGCAGAAAUACAUAGAUCCCAGGCUCAGAUAGAAGACCUGGAAAAGGCACUUGCUGAGCAGGGUCAGGACAUGAAGUGGAUUGAGGAGAAGCAAGCGCUGUACAGAAGAAAUCAAGAACUUGUAGAAAAGAUAAAACAAAUGGAAGCUGAGGAAGCUCGUUUAAAACACGAUGUCCAGGAUGUCAAAGAUCAAAAUGAGCUCCUGGAGUUCAGAAUAUUAGAGCUUGAAGAGAGAGAAAGAAGAUCACCUGCUAUCAACUUCCAUCACAUUCCUUUUACAGAGGGGAAAAGCCCUCUCCAAGUUUACUGCGAGGCAGAAGGUGUUACAGAUAUACAAGUAGCAGAGCUGAUGAAAAAAUUGGACAUUUUAGGGGAUAACGCCGUAAGUAAUCUGACCAAUGAAGAGCAAGUAGUUGUCAUACAAGCAAGGACAGUUCUCACGUUGGCUGAAAAGUGGCUACAGCAGAUAGAAGUGACCGAAGCCGCACUGCAGCAGAAGAUGCUAGAUCUUGAGAACGAAAAGGAACUCUUUAGUAAGCAGAAGGGUUACCUGGAUGAUGAACUUGACUUCCGGAAACAGUCCUUGGAUCAAGCUCAUAAGCAAAUUCUGGAAUUAGAAGCCAUGCUCUAUGAUGCCCUGCAGCAAGAAGCUGGAGCCAAAAUUUCCGAACUUCUUUCAGAAGAGGAGAAAGACAAACUGAAGAGCGCUGUAGAGCAGUGGAAACGUCAGGUUAUGAGUGAACUCCGAGAGCGGGAUGCCCAGAUACUGCGCGAAAGAAUGGAGCUCAUUCAGCACGCCCAGCAGAGAAUUAAAGAGCUAGAAGAAAGGAUUGAAGGACAAAAAAGACAAAUAAAAGAGUUAGAGGAAAAGUUUUUAUUUUUGUUUUUAUUUUUCUCUUUAGCUUUCAUUCUUUGGUCAUAG